GCAGAGCACUGUUUGUGAGAUCCAAGUCCAACAAUGGAAGUUGGCGCCGCUCUUUUAUCGGUAACGUUCGAGUUGUUGCUCUCGAAAUUGAAUUCUUCUGUAAUGGAAUGGGUGAAGUUACCAAUGAUCGUUCGUGCUGAGAUGCAGAAUUGGAGUAGUCUUUUGCCAAAAAUCAGUGUCCUACUUGAAGAUGCCGAAGAAAAUCCAGAAACAAACCACGUGAUGAAGUUAUGGCUUGCUGAUUUCAGGGAUUUGGCAUAUGAUAUGGAGGACACGCUUGAAGAGGUCGAGAUUGAUGCCAAGAGGUCUGAGUUGAUUGCAAAAGCCAAAGCCAGCACCAGUAAGCCACAGAAACUGAUCUGUCCCACAUUGUUUAAUAAGGUUCCAAGAUUCAUGGCUGAUCGAGAUCGAGAGAUGGCUUCCAAGGUGAAGGAUAUAACUGCUAGAUUGCAAAUUAUUGAGGCCAACAUAAAUAAGUUGGGUUUGGUCAGUUCAACCAUGAGAACUGGAAAUAAGAUUCGCAAAGUUGAUACAGAAAGAUUGCCCACUACUCCUUCACCUGAACAUCAUGUCUAUGGUAGGGAAAAUGAAAAAGAGGCUAUUCUUAAGAUGUUGCUCACUGAUGAAAGCAAAGAUGAGCCAUACUCUGUUCUUCCCAUUGUUGGAAUGGGAGGAUUGGGCAAGACCACUCUUGCUCAGAUUGUUUAUAAUGAUGAAAAAUUGAAGGGUAUAUUUGAAUUAAAAGCAUGGGUUUGUAUUUCUGAGGAAUUUAAUGUUUCUCGAAUAACAAGAUCCAUUUUGGAGCAAGUAACGGGGCAAAAGUGUGAUUUAGAAGAUCUUUCUUCACUUCAAGGCAGAUUGAAAGAGAUGUUCUCUGGCCAAAAGUUUUUACUUGUACUGGAUGACAUUUGGAAUAAAAAGUAUGACUUGUGGGAUAAGUUGCAGAGGCCUUUCUUGUCAGGAGCAUUUGGAAGUAAAAUAAUCAUCACAACUCGAGACGAGGAUAUUGGGAAGAUGAUGAAGGGAAAUGAUAAAGUUUACAAUUUAGAGUUGCUAGAGAAUGAUGCAUGUUUAUCAUUAUUUGCUCGUCAUGCACUGGGAGUGGAAAACUUUGAUGCAUACCCAAAUCUAAAAGGAGUAGGUGAGAAAAUUGUUGAAAAGUGCAAAAGAUUGCCGUUGGCUAUAAAAACCCUUAGUGGCCUCUUGCGUGGUAAGCCACAUCUUCAUGAGUGGGAAUACAUAUUACAUAGUAAGAUAUGGGAUUUACCAGAAGAUAGUAGUGACAUUCUUCCAGCUUUGAGAUUGAGCUAUAAUCACCUUCCUUCUCAUUUGAAGAGAUGCUUUGGCUAUUGCUCUAUAUUUCCUAAAGAUUAUGAAUUUGAUGAGGUCACAUUAGUUUUGUUAUGGAUGGCUGAAGGACUUUUGCAACAACAACCACAGAGAAUAAAGCAAAUAAAAGACCUUGGGCAUCAGUGCUUCCGUAAUCUACUAUCGAGAGCUUUUUUUCAACGAUCCAGUAGGGAUGAGUCAAUGUUUGUGAUGCAUGACCUCAUAGUUGAUUUAGCCCUGCAUGUUGCUGGAGAAACAUGUUGCACCCUUGAAUUAGAUGGAAAAAUAUCAAAUUUGAAGAAUUUUGGGUUUUACUACUUAUCUGACACACUCUUGCAAGAUUUGAUGAAAAAUCUAAAAUGUUUGAGGGUGUUAUCUCUUCAUAAUUAUUGGAUAACGAAGCUCUCUGAUCAGAUUGGAGACUUGAAGCAUCUGCGAUACAUUAAUUUAUGUGGUACAAAAAUUGAAAGUCUUCCUGAGUCUUUGGGUUAUCUUCUUUACUUACAAACGUUGUUAUUAAGUCGUUGCAGAGAGUUUUCCAAGUUACCUGCAACCAUUGGAAAUCUACUUGAUCUCCAACAUCUUGAUAUGGUUAUGACACCAUCUUUAAAAGAGAUCCCAUCAGAAAUCAGUAAUUUGACUAAUCUUGUGACAUUGUCAAAAUUUAUUGUUGGAAAUGCUAGAGGACCAAGACUAAAAGAUUUGAAGAACUUGUCAUGUCUUCGAGGCCAGCUUUCCAUUUUGGAUUUGCAAAAUGUUUUGGAUGCUAAUGACGCAAAGGAGGCCAAUUUGUACGAGAUUGAGGGAUUGGAUGACUUAUCCUUGGAAUGGUGUUCUGAUUUCCAUGACAACCGAAAGCAAGGCACUGAAAUGCAAGUCCUCAGAUGGUUAAAACCUAAUCAGGGUUUGAAACGAUUGAGAAUCAAUUGUUUUGGUGGGUUGGAAUUCCCAUCUUGGAUAGGUGAUCCAUCAUUUUCCAACCUAGAGCACUUGGUGCUAUGCAAUUGUAAAAGCACUUCAUUACCAUCACUUGGGCAACUACCCCAGCUCAAACAAUUGAUCAUCACAGGCAUGGAUGCCUUAAAUAUUAUGAAAAUUGAGUUUGAUAGGGACAAUUCUUCUUUAGCUUCUACUUUUCCAGCAUUGGAGAGUUUGGAUUUGCAAGACUGCCCCAGGCUGGUAGGAAAGUUACCGAAAUGCAUCCCUUCUCUUAAAAAGUUGAACAUUGUUAGAUGUCUAGAAUUGAUAUUGUCCUCGGUGAGCCUUCCAUCACUUGAAAAAUUGCAUAUAGGAGAAUGUAGUGAUGUAGUAUUGAGAAGUAUGGUUGAUCUCACCUCACUCAAAACAUUGAGUAUAAAAAAAAUUUCUAAACUGAUUUGCCUAUCCAAGAGUUUUGUUGAGUCGAUGAUAGCUCUCGAAGACAUAGUGAUUGAGUCUUGCAAUGAACUUACUUGUUUGUGGGAAGAGGGAGUCAAUAUCCUAAACCUUGCAUGUCUUGAGGAGAUAAUAGUCAGGGAGUGUCCGGUUCUUGUAUUGUUAACAGGGAAAGAUCAAGGCCUUCUACCUAACAACAUUCAAACUUUGAGAAUACAUAAUUGUGAAGCGUUGGAUUCCUUGCCUGGUCAGAUAAUGAUGUUGCCACGACUUGAAGUACUAUAUAUUAGUGGAUGUCCUGCUCUCCGAAUGUUUCCAGGAGGGAGGUUACCCACCAUGCUUAAAGUCUUGAAAAUUUGGGAAUGUGAAAAGCUAGAGUCUCUACCAGAAGAAAUAUUCAUGAAUAAUGGUGAUGCAUCUCAAGGGUCGCAUCUUGAAAAAUUAGAAAUUGCUAGGUGUCCUUGUCUGGAAUCUUUUCCGAGUAGUCAUUUACCCAAUUCUUUUAAAAGGCUUUAUAUCACAAAUUGUGACCAACUGAAGUCUCUCCCACAAAGGAUGCUGCAGUCUUGUACGGGACUUGAAAAGAUAAGAAUUUGUGGAGGUGAUAUGAAAAGUUUAAGUUUUGAGGACAUGCAUGGGCCCACUUCUUUAUGGAUAUUUGAUUGUGAUAGUUUGGAGUCAUUUUCCUUGUCCAUCUCCAAUCUUCAAAAGUUAUCCAUAUCAAAUUGCAGGAUUCUUAAGUCUUUACCCAAAAAGAUGCACGACCUCACGUCUCUUGAUAGAUUAUAUAUAAGUAAUUGUCCAGGGAUCAAGUGCAUUUCAGAUGGUGGUUUGCCGCCGAACUUAACAAGGCUUGAAAUUUAUGGGUGUGUAGGGAUUGAGUCCAUUCCAGAGGCUGGUUUGUUUCCAAACCUAACAGAUCUUGUAAUUGACAACUGUCCAGGGAUUGCAUCCAUUCUAGAUCGUGGUUUUCCCCUAAACCUUGAAAGUCUUAUAAUUGAUUGCAAGAAUAUGAAGAAGCCGAUACAGGAAUGGGGCCUUAACAGCCUCACCUUUCUUCUAUCGUUGGAGAUGUAUUGGAUAUGUCCUGAUCCUGAUGUGCUUCCCACUUCUCUAACCAGACUUGUGGUGGGUAAGGUUGAAAAUAUGAAAUCCAUAGCUAAAGGGCUCCUUCAAAACCUCAACUCUCUUCAAGAUUUAACAAUCAAGGAUUGCCCAAAGCUGCUGUCGUUGCCAAAGGGGCUCCUUCAAAACCUCAACUCUCUUCAACAUUUAACAAUCGAGGAUUGCCCAAAGCUGCGGUCAUUGCCAAAGGGGCUCCUUCAAAACCUCAACUCUCUUCAAGAUUUAGCAAUCAAAGAUUGCACAAAGCUGCAGUCGUUGCCAAAGGGACGCCUGCCUCCCUCACUUCAAGAAUUAUACAUUGAGAAUUGCCCCGACUUGCAGUCCUUGCCAAAGGAAGGCCUGCCUCCCUUGCUUAAAAAACUUUGGAUUGAAAACUGCCCGCUGCUAGAAAGACAAUGCUCGGAGGAGAAAGGAGACUAUUGGCCACUCAUAGCUCGCAUCCCUUACAUUGAAGUUGGGCCUAAAGCACAAGACACAGAAGAUCUUUGUAUUUCUGAAGCUUAACAUUUGUGUCGAUUGACAAGAUGUUGGUUUUUUGGAGAUUGAAAAGUUGCCAUUCUUGUAUUUUGUGAAGACUCAUUGACUGCUCAAUAUAUAAAUAGCUGCUUAGUAUAGGAGUCAACAACAUGUCAACCCUUUCAGUUCAUCUUUUGCUAUCAUUUCAAGAAAGGCAUGAUAAAAGAAGUGCUGUGGAGAAGCCUUAGUGGAUUCAAUCAUAAAUAGGUUGGUGCUUGGGAAAGAAGGUAUGUUGUUAGAUAGGCUUACUUUCUGGAAGUUGCAAAUUUUCUUGUUUUUCCAAUUGCAUUCAAUUUUAUUUUCUCCCAUGCUUUGAGUUAUGCUUAGCUGUGGUGAAUUCAUGCAAAAUCUUGUAUAUACAAUUGGCUUUGUGUUAUGAUGUGAAUAAAAGGCAUUCAUUUUA